UACCUUCAAAAAAAAUAAACAAAAAAAAACCACAGUUAAAAGAGACCCUAACCAUGUAAAUCAAUGAUCGAAAUGGAACCAAAUGGCUCACGAUCAACCCCAUUUCCCUGUCACGAGGAAAUGGUUAUAGAGUUCAUGACAAUGAAAGGACUAACCAGCUUGUCUCUGUCUGUCAGGUCUCUUCAUAACCUUUGGUCAAAUCACACCUUUUUAACAUCUCUACAACCCAACAACCCAACUCUCUCUCUCGCUCUCGUUUUAUAUACUUCUAGUUUGCUUCUUGUAGUGAAGUGCAUGUAUGUGGUUCCAGAAUUGCUUUUAGUAGCAAAAAAAACAGAGCACUGAUUGGAAUUGUAGAAGGGAGGGAGAUCCUCAAAAUAGGAAGAACCCAUAUCUCUGUUGCUGCUGGAAAUGUCCACAAAUAAAUUCGACCUCCCGAAAAUCGAGACACAAGUUCUGAAGGUGCACAUAAACUGUGAUGGGUGCAGGCAGAAGGUGAAGAAACUCCUCAAGAGAAUUGAAGGUGUUUAUACAGUGGACGUAGAUUCAGAGCAACACAAAGUCACAGUUACAGGAAUUGUCGAGUCUGAUACCUUAAUCAAGAAGUUGGGAAGAUCAGGUAAACAUGCAGAGAUUUGGUCACCACCAAUCAACAUUGACCAAAACCAGAACCAUGAAGAACAUGCUAACUGGAUCAAAAACGGCAAGGCCCAAAACCAAAUGCAACGCCGUCAAAUGAAGGAGAUGAAAAGGCCCAAAAGCCGGUUGCCCCCUACUUGUGGCCCUGAGGCUGAAGAGGACUGGGGGUAUUAUGGGUAUUUGAACCAUCAUAAUAUGGGUAUGGAUGAUGAGGCUAUAACUGAUGGGAUGGAGAAUGUACAUGUGGGUGGGAAUGGGCAGGGAUAUGGAAUUGAUGGUGAUGACAACAUGAAGUCCAUUAUGGGUUUUCAAGGUAUGAGAGACAAUGGUGUUGGUGGUGGUGGUUUUCAACAUAUGUAUGGUGACUUACCAUCUUCUGAAUAUCAUCAACACCCACAAUACAUGAUGAUGGGCAACAUGCAGGGACAUCCAUACAACCAACCAUCUCCGACGAUGAUGAUGAACAUGGGCACACGCAAUAUGGAUACCAUGAACAUGGGUAUGCGUCACAUGCAUACCGGGAACAACCAUCCGAUGAUGAAUCGCUACAUGCACAUGCAUCAACCCUAGAUGAUGAGUAGUACAUCUUCUCUAUUUUCCAACAAUGACUAUUAUUAUAGUAACUUACCGUAUUAAGUCGAGUCGAUUCUAUAGACAAACUUAGCCGCAGCAAUAUUAAAUACUAUUACUAUGUGAUUGUAAUGAAAAGAGAAGAAGGAUGAGGAAGUGAUGUGAUGAUGAUGGUGGGAGAGUAAUUUGAAAGCAAUCUUGAAUUUGA